AUGGAGCAAGACUUCCACACAGCCCCCAUCCCGGGGCCCCGCGAACACCUCGAUGCGCUCCCCGAUACACAUGAUACCCACGCCGACGUAGUGGCACGCCCCCAUACUGCCCCAGAUCAGAAUGGCCAUGAAGUAUAUCAUCAACAAUCACAGUCCCUCGACCAGGGUUUAUCAGACAGUCAGCACCAUGACGAUGCAGACGUUGCCGGACGAUACGAGACGCAUCCCUCUACCACCCAUCCGCAGUCAAUAUCAAGGCCUCCAUCAGGCCUCUCUGGUGCCGGUGGGGAUCGACAGGCGACAUAUAGUGACCGGGGCAGCAAUGGUACCGAUCAGGCCAGUACACGCAAUCAGGUUGUUAUCAAGGUCGGCAUGGUAGGCGAUGCCCAAAUCGGCAAGACCUCCCUAAUGGUGAAAUAUGUCGAAGGCAGCUGGGACGAAGACUAUAUCCAGACACUGGGUGUGAAUUUCAUGGAAAAGACAAUCAGCAUCCGUAACACCGAAAUCACAUUCAGCAUAUGGGAUCUGGGAGGCCAGAGAGAAUUCGUCAACAUGCUACCACUCGUUUGCAACGAUGCGGUCGCUAUCUUGUUCAUGUUCGAUUUGACAAGGAAAAGUACGCUUAACAGCAUCAAGGAAUGGUAUCGCCAAGGACGGGGAUUCAACAAGACUGCUAUUCCGGUCCUCGUUGGCACCAAGUACGAUCAUUUCGUCAACUUCUCGCGGGAAGAGCAGGAGGAGAUAUCAAGCCAGGCACGGCGGUUCGCCAAGGCCAUGCGUGCUUCGCUGAUCUUCAGCAGCACGAGCCAUAGUAUCAACGUUCAAAAGAUAUUCAAGAUCGUCCUGUCCAAGGCAUUCGACUUGAAAUGCACGAUACCCGAGAUCGAGAAUGUCGGCGAGCCGUUACUGCUCUAUCAAUCAUGCUAG